CUCUCCCUUUCUGACUCCGCUGUCAGUCACCGGUCGCGGCGGCAGGAGAGAGAUUGAAAGUGACACUCAGGGUCAGUCUCCUCUCGCACCGGUUCAUAUUUUCCCUGGAAUCAGACAGCCAGAUAGACAGCCAGCCACACAGACAGAUAUAUAGAUAGACAGAUAUAUAGACCUGGAUUCUGUGUAUUUGCUUUUCGGUUUCUCCGUUGAUUGUCAUUCCGUUUCAGUUUUUGUAUAUGUUCCCGAUAAAGGUGCAAAGUGACGUUCAUGACCAGAGCUCAUCUUCAGACUGUGGUGACAAGUUGAAGACACGCAACCCUUCUUCAUCUUCUUCUGCUUCUUCAUCGUCAUCUUUUGUGCGAGCAGUUGUUUUGUGAACUAUAGCAUACUCCAUCAGUCUCCGUCCUAUCCACAGCCCUCUGCAGACCGCGGCGGGCACUUCCACAGGAACCGCUGCACCCUCUCAAUCCACUCAGCCGAGCCGGAGAGAGGAGCGAAGAGAGGCAACAGCGACAAACCGCUUGAAACCCUUUCCUAUAGAAAACGAAGCCAACAAACUUCCCGCCCUGGAUUCAUUACUUUUGAUCCAUGGACAGAGCCUUUUCCCGAGCCAGUCCAGGCACAGACACGCCAUGAGCAGCCCGUACUCGUUGGUGGGAGCGCCCUCUGCUGACUGGAGGAGUAUGGAGCGGCGCAGCGAGAGCCCCGGUCUGCGGGACAGCCCUGAGCGGAGGAGCAGCAGCCCUGACACAAAGGGCCCUCCGCCCGGGAAGAUGGGGCGCCUAGAGCAGAACGGGAGCCCCACGGGGGCCCGCAGUCGCCUCAACGGGGCCACAACGCGCUCACUCGGAGGUCUCAUGAUCCCUGUGUUCUGCGUGGUGGAGCAGAUGGACAGUCCCCCGGAUGUGGACGGUCGGGAGGAGCAUGCCGAGUUUGUGUUGGUGCGGAAGGACGUCCUCUUCAAGCAGCUGGUGGAGACGGCUCUGCUGGCACUGGGGUACUCCCACAGCUCGGCCGCACAGGCCCGGGGGAUCAUCAAGGUGGGCCGUUGGAACCCGCUCCCGAUCCACUACCUGAGCGACGAGCCCGAGGCCACGGUGGCGGACAUGCUGCAGGACGUGUACCACGUGGUGACGCUGAGGAUCCAGCUGCAGAGCCGUGCCAAGCUGGAGGACUUGCCCGCGGAGCAGUGGAACCACGCCACUGUGCGUAACGCCCUGAAAGAGCUGCUGAAGGAGAUGAACCAGAGCACACUGGCCAAGGAGUGCCCUCUCUCACAGAGUAUGAUCUCCUCCAUCGUGAACAGCACCUACUACGCUAACGUCUCCUCUACCAAGUGCCAGGAGUUUGGCCGCUGGUACAAGAAAUACAAGAAGAUUAAAGGGGAUUACUUAGAGAAGAUGUGGGCGGGAAGAGAAAACACGGAAAUCAAAGUGGAGAGAGACAACCUGUCUGAGUUCUGCAUCCCGGGCCAGCGUCCCUCACACCUGCCCGGCCUGACCCAGUUGAGCUCGCUGGGCGGAGGGGGGGAGCAGCGGGAGCCUCAACAGCAGCAGCAGCAGCCAUCCCCUCACAGCCAGCUGCACCACAGCCCCCCCCUGCACAGCCAGGUCCCCCCCGGAGCCACGCUGCAGCCCCUCAUGGGCCCCACAGGCCUGCUCUCCCCCCAGCUCAACCCCCAGCUGGUCCGGCAGCAGCUGGCCAUGGCGCACCUCAUCAACCAGCAGCUAGCUGUCAGCCGGCUUCUCGCACACCAGCACCCCCAGGGCAUCAACCAGCAGUUCCUGAACCACCCGCCCAUCCCGCGCCCUGCCAAGCCCGCCGAACCCGGCUCCAACCCCAGUGGCGUGGAGGUCUCACCCGAAAUCUACCAGCAGGUGCGGGACGAGCUGAAGAGAGCCAGCGUCUCACAGGCCGUCUUCGCCAGGGUGGCUUUCAACAGGACGCAGGGCCUGCUCUCUGAGAUCCUGAGGAAGGAGGAGGACCCACGUUCAGCUUCGCAGUCGCUGCUCGUGAACCUGAAGGCCAUGCAGAACUUUCUGAAUCUCCCCGAGGCAGAGCGGGACCGAAUCUACCAGGAGGAGAGAGAGCGCAGUAUGAACCCGGCCGCAGGGCUGCCCUCCCCCAGCACAGCCCCCCCCGGGGUCCCGCGCCUGCCGCAGUUGAAGCCCCCCGGCCCCAGCCCAGAUUUGCCCCUGAAGGUGGAGUGUCUGGGAAUGUGCAUCACCUCCAUCAUCUACGAUGAGAUCCAGCAGGAGAUGAAGCGAGCCAAGGUGUCCCAGGCACUCUUCGCCAAGGUGGCCGCCAACAAGAGCCAGGGCUGGCUGUGUGAGCUGCUCCGCUGGAAAGAGAACCCAAACCCGGAAAACCGCACACUGUGGGAGAACCUGUGCACCAUCCGGCGCUUCCUGAGCCUAGCGCAGUCGGACCGGGACCUGGUGUACGAGGAGGAGUCGCGGCACCACCACAGCGAGAGACUGCAGCACGCUGUCAUACACCCGCCUGCAGAGCCGAGCCAGCAGGUGCUUCACAGGCAGUCCUCACAGCCAGCCAAGGAGAGCUCCCCCCUGCACGAGGAGCCCAUGUCAACGCCGAUGGGCAGCGGCGGUGAGGAGAGCGGAGGGGCUGGAGGCGGCGGUGUGAAGAAACCUCGCUCCCGCACCAAGAUCUCCCUGGAGGCCCUGGGCAUCCUGCAGAGCUUCAUCCAAGACGUGGGGCUGUACCCGGACCAGGAGGCCAUCCACACACUGUCUGCCCAGCUCGACCUGCCCAAACACACCAUCAUCAAGUUCUUCCAGAACCAGCGCUACCACGUGAAGCACCAUGGCAAGCUGAAGGAGCACGUGGGCGGAGCCGGCAUUGACGUGUCCGAGUACCGCGAGGAAGAGCUGCUCUCCGAGUCCGAGGAGACCGGGGACAGCGAGGACCGGCCUGAGGACAUGUAUGGAGUGGAGAGCACGGAGGACAGCAAGGAUAAGAACCACAACAACCUCAGCGCCUCCGCCACCGCCAGCCCAGAGCAGCACAGAUAAUACCCCAGAGAGCAGGGAGCCAAGGGAGCUGGGGGCAGGAGGGGGUAUGAAAUUCAAAACCACCUAAAUAAACAAGGACAGGGGCAAGGUCCCUCCCCCUGGCAGCUUCUUGCACAACAACGUCAAGCCAUUCAAGGCAGCAGAGCAGCUGAUAUUGAGAGACAGCAUUGACAGGGUCGAGAGUGAUUAAACUAGCAUUGGUGAAAGUUUCAAAACCUCCUCUCUUAUUAGUUUGUGGGACACAUCAGAAAGGAAUUUCCUACCACCUCCCCAACCCCCUAAUGUGAUAUGGAAGUAUUACAGACCCUGAGACAAUCAAAUACAGGAGUUUGGGGGAGGUCCCCCUCUUUACCCGUCUGUCUCACCUCUGCAGACCCGUCUUCACCCCACCCUACCACACCCUCACUCGAGGAACUCUCCUGGUUUAACAGAUGUGCAGGGAUAGCUCUCUCUGUUGGUUCUCAGCUCUCCCAGUCCACUCCUUGCUGCUCUCCUUCUCAAGCUCCUCACUGAUCAGCUCCUCUGAGUGCUGUCGCUGCUCACAGGAAGACAGUUCCACACCAGCAGGUGGAGGAUAUUUAGGAAACGCUGGAAUGCCCCCCUCCUCUUUAUCACCUCCCCCUUGCCCUCCCGGGUCCCAAAACCGGCCACACGGUUCUGUGUUCCAGGUUCACUCUGGGGGUUGAGUGUCCAAAGAACUGGGAUUCACCAGAGAAAUUGCGAUCAGAGAGCCACAUCACCACACUGCGCAGCUUCACCCACACGGUCUUCAUAACUGUGCGUGCGUGUUCCGGGCUGCAGUGAAGGGAGUUCUCUGCUCUCGCUCUCUCCUCUACAGUCCUUUGCACCGACUCCCAGCUCAGCAGUAUUACACAGCAGAUUUGCCUUUCUUGACUUUGUUGCACUUAUAAUUCUGGGGAAAAAAGAAAGGACAAUGGAAAUUCAUUGAGAAGGAAGAAAGAAAGAAAGAAAGAAAGAAAGAAAGAAAGAGCAAUCAAGCCUGCCUCUGUGUUCAUGUACAGCACAUGCAUUGCAUGGGAUAGAAACUCCACCAGACUGUGAAACGUGUUCUCUUUAAGGAAAGGGAAUCUGCUCACUGUUUCUGCUCCUCAACCACUUCAUAAUGAGUGGAUCUGGCUCCGAGAAUGCCUCCCGCUCUCAGGGCGUGGUGCCUGUUUAUUCUUGAUCCCUAUUUAUUUUCUAUGUUUAUCCGUGAUUAUUAUCAUCAUUUUUUUUUAAAGAAAUCCCUAUGGCUUCCUGUCUGGUGGCUUUUCUGAGAAUAUUUGAGGUAUGUAUUUUAAGAAGAAAAAAAUAGAAAAAAUCAACAAAGAAGAAGAAUGAGUGAAUGACAAAAUGUAAAAUGAUAAAAAAAAAAUAUAUAUAUUGCAGAGUUCUGUUACUUUCUGAAAAACAAGGCAGGCUAAUAUCGGUACAGAACAGAAGUUAUUGUGAAACAGAAAAUAAUUUACUUUUGCUACUUUACUCGACAAUCCUGUUGUUUCCACUGUCAAGAGAGGAAGGCUCUUGGUUCGUUCGUCUGACUCCCUGCCAGAAAGCUGUUGUCCAGACACAGAGAAUCUGUCUCCACUGAAUCCAUUGAAUUCCUAAAAAUCAGGGCUGUGAUUCUCAGAAACACUGACACUGACACAGAGGUUCAGAGGACCUUAUUUUUCACUUGGCUGAAGAACACAAAUCACUAUAUAUUUGAACCUGUCUGUUUUUUAUUGUCUUUUAUUUCCCAUUACAAAGAGGGACCAGCUUGGUGAGUUAUCUGUUUUCCAACAAUUCAAAAUAAAAAUUAGACAUAAUUUUUGGGUUCUUCAAUGCAAGAACAUAGCAACCCACAGUAACAACUAAUUGAUCUGGCUAUUCCCAGUCCUGGCUGUCUGAGUUCUGCCUGUACUGUAUUUAACCCUUUGUGUUGACUGUGGAGCCUUGUUUGGUGCGCGCAGGUUACCCCACUACAGCACACACACCCUCCAUGUUCAGAGUGCUCUGGGAUCAGAAGAAGAGUGAGGCAUGCCGGAAUCUCAGUUUCUGUCUCACUCUGAUAACUCCUUUCUGUUCUUACCGCCUGUGUUGAGCUAUCUUGCUGUCAACAGAUUUAACAUCCCAGAUAGCAACAGUGAUAACCAGCAGACCCACCAGCUCUCUCACACCGUGCUCAGCACAAGGAUUUGCAGGUUCAAAUCCUGAGCCACAGGCAACAGUAACACAACUUGUUCAUCUCUAACCUGAGCUGGGGGGGGGGUCUGGGUAUCGUUCAAGACUGAUUGAGUGUUUGAAGUUAUGGAUUAAGACUGAAAGACUGAUGUCCAGGUAAUGGUACAAUUAUAAUCAGAGUCCCUUUAUCCUCACAGAGAGAUGCACACAGAUCUGUAGACUUAUUCUCAGUACUAAGGUCACAUACACGUUUAAGAGAUAAGAAUCCACCCAUAUGGAACAGACAUAGACGCUUCAUAUAGGAGACAGUAUGAAACAUGUUUAGCUACAUGAUAUAAUGGAGGGUAUCUGUGGGGACCAGAUUCAUGUCUCCCUAAUGUUUAAGCCCACGGUUUGUUGUUGGAAUCCCCAAGGUGGCCCAGAGUCAGUGGCAAGGUGGACAGGGUUAGUAAUUAUGAGCAGAGCGGGGGCAGGGGUUGAUUGUUAGUUUGAAAAUGCAUUGAGAUCAAUGAGAAUGUCACGUUAGUCCAAAUAGAGAUUUAUGUUUCAUAUUACCCCUAGUGGCAGACUGCCACAUCUCAAUGUCAUUUUACAGAACAGACUUUUUAAAGUCCCUUCUGACGGGUAGAAUACUGGAAGCAGUUGCACCACAUCUGGUUAGCUUACAUCAUGGUUUUUCUCAUUCGAAUUGAUUAUUUCUGUAAAAUGCCUUGGCGUUAGACACGUGGGUGUGUGUGCGUGUGUGUGUGUGUGUGAGGGUGUGUGUGUGUGUGUCUCAGUGUGUGUGUGUGCGCUUGGCAUGCGUGCGUGUGUGUGUGUGUGCGUGUGUGUGUGUGUAUGUCUGCUUGUGUGUGUGUGUGUGUGUGUGUGUGUGAGAUGUUUUGCGACAUGUGUUUUUUCCAGAUGGGCGGGUGGAAUUUGGGCACUUCGUUGGGAAUCCAUUAGUGAAAGAAGGCUGAGCAUGUGGCAGUCUUACCUCAAAGCCAAACUGUAUCUGAAUUACUGUGGUCAUUAUUGUUAUUUAAUUUGGUAUAGAGAUGUCUUUUUUUUUUUGCAUUCAUUAUUGUAUAAUUAUACUGAGACUUUAAUAACUAGAGUUAAGGAAAAGCUGCUCUUACCUAAUCACUUUGCUACUUUAUCUUAUUUUUUAUCGUGCUUAUUAAAUCAAGUUGUGAGUGUUUUGAGGGAAUCUGUGUUCUUUGGACCGUGCUGUUUGAGGUGUUCAUGUUUGUGCUCUUCUGUUUUUUUAUUUGUUUUCUAAAGGAGGACAGUCUCCUUAAUUGGCAGCCACCGUUCUGUCUGUUAAUCCCCACACUGUUCCUUUAACCCACAACUGCACUGUCACUGCAAUGUGAACCUGCAGUCUCACGUGGGAGACUGUGGUCUGUUGUCAUGCAAGUAUGCCUAGGCAGGCCUGGCACAUCCAACAUUAAUGCUGGUUCUGCUUGUUUAAAACACAGACCCUGUGCUCAGCUCAAACAGUCAGCUGUUACUGAAGCCCGUCUGUUAUUGGACGCGUCCAUCACUAAGUGUGGCCCCUGUUUAUUAUUUGACCCUCUUUGCUCUGCGGAGCGCAGCGUUGUUUUGUGCGCUUUGCUUGUGUUACUGUUGGAAGUGAAGCCGUGGGCAGUGACUCACCAGAAAGACACACAUUCUUUCAUGAAUUAUAAUGCAUAUAAUGUCCUAUUAUCUUGUUUGGGAAAGAAGUUUUAAAGAAAACAACAAAAAAAAGUUAUUUGUUUCUUGUAGCGCCUCUUGACAAAGCACAAUUUUCCGCCUUCUUUUGUAAAAUGAAGAUUAUUAAUGCAUCAGCAGCAGCAGCAAUGUGAAUGAGGAUUAUACGAUUGCUAAAUGGUCCUUUUUUCAUGUAAAUCAAUCUGGUCUUUGUUAUCACUAAGUGAUAAUUCAUUUUUAACUUAUGUGCAUUGUUAGGUUGUUUUAGAUUUUUUGUUGUUGUUCAAAAUAAAAUGCAUCCAAUAAGUAAA